AUGGACAGCGCGUUACACACACGAGAUGGCCAAGGCACGGACGACCGGGGCAUGGAGCUGUAUGUCGUCCAGAUGGUCUUCGUCAUCAUCGCUGGCCUAUUUGUCCUGGCGAGAGCGUAUGUCAAAAUAUUCAUCGUCAAGAGCAUAGCCUUAGACGACUGGCUCAUCUUUGGUGCGAUGCUUGGUUAUACGGGAUACGGGGCCGUGGCUAUCCAUGGAGUCGUUUAUGGCGCCACCGGGAAGCACGUCCAAAACCUCACCAUCGAGGAGGCUGCCAUAUCUCUGAGAGGCUGGUACAUAUGCGAAGUCAUGUACUCCCCGAUCACGCUGGCGAUUCGGACCUCGAUCGCCCUGCUGCUACUCCGGAUCGCCGUCAACAAAUACCACCGUUGGAUCAUUUACGCCAACAUGGUCGUUAUCUGGAUGAUCUCGAUCGCCUUCUUCGUCAUCAUGACACUCCAGUGCAUGCCGCCGUCCUACUUCUGGAGACAGUUGUACGGGGAUAAGGGCUCAUGCAUCAACUACAACAUCGUCCCGGACGCUACCAUUGCCCACAGCGUCAUCUCGGCCACAUCAGACUGGUGUAUGGGUUUGAUACCCAUCGCCCUUUUGUGGAACGUCAAACUCAACCGACGGACCAAGGCGUUGGUAGCCGUUCUCCUGAGCAUGGGCAUGAUCGCCGGUGUGGCCCUCAUGGUCCGCAUACCUUAUGUCAGACACUUGGCUAUUUCGACAGAUUUUCUCUACGAGACAAUCGACGUCGCCAUCUGGAGCGUCAUGGAACCUGCCCUCGGAAUCAUCGCGGCCACGGUGCCCAGCUUGCGGCCGCUCUUCCAAAACUGGGGGUUUGGAUGGAGCAGCCAGGGAAAGGAUUCCCGUCCUUCGGGGCCAGGUUGGGCCAAAUCAGACGACUCUCAUGGAAGGAAGGAGGUACCAAUACCCAGCGCCAGAGCGGCGAAUUUGGACAGCUUCAACUACACGGAACGGACGUCUUACGACUUUGAUCAACCCCUGCCCGACACGGGCUCGGAUAUUGAACUGAGCAAGACAGUUCAGAACGAGAUGAGAGACGACAGGAGAGACGAGGACGCCGAGCACGACGGCUCACAGUCGUCUUCUGACUUCGGACAGAGGGACUACGUACAGGAGCCUCAGGCUUCGGUCAAUCGGCCGGUGAUCAAUGUCCGGACGACUAUCGACAUAUUGUCGCAGUCUAAGGACUCUUCCCUCCCAUCGACCGAAUGUUCAGCAGGCGAUGAAGGGGAGAAGUCGGGCCGCACAGGUGUCCUUGGCCGUAGGGCGACGUGCAGUUGA